UCGGGCUGUGCCGCGCGCGCGGUCCCGACUCGCAGAGCUUUCUGCCGUGCCGUCUGAUCAUGUGACGGGCCUCGAGCCCAGGCAAAGCAGAGCGAGACGGUUGGAGCGCGACGAGCCACCAGCCUCAUUGAAAAGCUCCGUUAUUGCGCGCGAGAGACGGGAGGAGCGGACGCUUCGAGCUCGCGCGCGCACGCAGGCUGCACACACACUGUCAGCUUGGGGAACUCUGGGGAAAAGGGACACACUCCGACGGCUUUACGAGAAGCGUUGCGAAGAAGCAGAAGAUACUGAAAAAUCAAACAGUAAAAAGAAGCUCGGGAGUUUAAUCUGUCGUUCUGAGUGUAACUUGUGGAAUUAUAAGGGCAGACGUAACGAGAAGAAACUACCUCUUCCCCCCUUUUCGUUCUCUCCUUUUCUUUAUUUUCGUUCUUGUUUCCUUGGAAGAGCUGACAGAGGAAGGAACAGAAUUGCAGUGCGUGUUGUGCCCGAGAGCUGAGCGGCACUGGGAGGCAGAGCGGCUCGCUGCGUUGGCCGGAGCGAACAGCACAGCGCCUGGGGAGGGCGUCGCGCAGCGUUGUUGUUUUUUUUUUUAACUCUAUUUUUAUAUUGUAUUUAUUAAUUUAUACGACAAAUUAUUUAUUUUUUCCUUUUUGGUUUUAUUUGGGGUCGCGUAAUUUUUUGGAAUAUGGUUGGGGAAAUGGAAACGAAAGACAAGCCGAAGCCGACCCCAGACUAUCUGAUGCAGCUCAUGAACGACAAGAAGCUGAUGAGCAGCCUGCCCAACUUCUGCGGGAUUUUCAACCACCUCGAGCGCCUGCUGGAUGAAGAGAUCAGCAGGGUACGGAAAGAUAUGUACAACGACACGCUAAAUGGCAGCACGGAGAAGAAGAGCUCAGAGCUACCGGACGCUGUGGGACCAAUCGUGCAGCUACAAGAAAAACUUUACGUGCCUGUAAAAGAGUAUCCAGAUUUCAAUUUUGUAGGUAGAAUCCUGGGUCCGAGAGGCCUAACGGCAAAACAGCUGGAGGCAGAGACGGGCUGUAAGAUCAUGGUGCGAGGGAAGGGCUCCAUGCGGGACAAGAAGAAGGAGGAGCAGAAUCGAGGCAAGCCGAACUGGGAGCAUCUCAACGAGGACCUGCACGUUCUUAUCACUGUGGAAGAUGCUCAGAACCGGGCAGAAAUAAAGCUGAAACGGGCUGUGGAGGAGGUCCGCAAGCUACUGGUACCUGCGGCAGAGGGAGAGGACAGCCUGAAGAAGAUGCAGCUAAUGGAACUCGCCAUCCUCAAUGGGACCUACAGAGAUGCCAACAUCAAGUCCCCUGCCCUUGCCUUUUCUCUUGCAGCGACUGCCCAGGCACCUCGCAUCAUCGCAGGCCCUGCCCCAGUCCUGCCCCCCACCGCUCUUCGCACCCCCACCCCUGCUGGCCCCACCAUAAUGCCUCUGAUCAGACAGAUCCAAACCGUCAUGCCUAAUGGAACACCUCACCCAACCGCCACCUUGGUGCCCCCUGGGCCUGAGUCAGGUUUAAUCUACGCACCCUACGAGUACCCCUACACAUUGGCCCCCGCCACCUCCAUCCUGGAGUAUCCCAUCGACUCCAGCGGGGUGUUAGCAUCUUCAAAGGCGGAAGAGCUGCCCGUGUACUUGGGCCUGCAUACCUGUCACUUUCCCAUCACAGUGCAACGGGGAGAGCCCUCGUCAAGGGCUCCCUUUUAAAGAACCAGAGAAAAGCAGACACACCCCCGACACCGCCCUAAUCAACCCCUCCCCUAAGACCCACCCGUCACUCUCUGUGUAGCACAGGCUGAAGACUGGCCCAUUGAACCCUGAAACUCAGCUAAACUGAGGCCAUUUCCCCCGUAGUGUCUGCAGCAUUUUUAUAAACUGAAUUGUGUAUUUUUUUUCCACUAUUUGUGUGUGAUGUAAAGAAAAAAAGCACUGAGCCUCAUGCUCUAAUUCUCUCCUGGGGUGUCUCCUCAGGCCGGGGCAUCAGUGGGGAUAACAUGAGGACGGUGAGGGGUCAGUGGGGGUCCCAUGAGGACAAUGAGAGGGGCUGGGGUCAGGUCAGCUAUGAAGGAGGUGUGUGUUGCUUCUCUGAGGACCGACACUCCAGGCACUAAUUUCCCGUUCCCUUCCUUUAUUCUUUAGGUAUGGCUUUCCCCACGAAAGGCUAAAAGCAUUCAAGAAUGGUCUUACUGAACCCUCAUCCGAUCUGAGUGUUAACACUUGCUCUGGUUUCACAGUUGCCUUGAAUAAAAUAAUGAAUUCUGCCUAGCAGUCAGUCAGACAGCUCUGCCCCCUUGACGUUUACAGAUGGCCACACCUUUCCUGAGGUGUCAUGCCCUUAUUUACUUUACUGAUGUUGUGUACAUCAUACAGACGUGUGCUCAAGUGCAUGUAUUUUCAUGGGCUGUUUUGCUGACUGCUAUGUCUUGGGAAAAAAAAAAAAACUCUAAGAUAUUGUCUCGCUUUACUAAUCACUUAAUUCAAUGCCAUUUGUUUCUACUUACGGGUUGUCAAACCUGAGAUUUGCUACUGCAUAUGUGCCUAAAAAAGCUCUCAUCUCUGAGCUUGCUCAGAAGAAUCAUCAGUAUUAAAUGUUAACUGGAAAGAUGCUCCUUACACUGUGCUCUGAAAAGGUGGCUAGUAAAGCAAAAUGCGCUUGUGUCUGAUAUCAGUAAUACUGUACCAAGGAAUCAUGCCACAAAGGAACCACCUGGUUAAGGCAACUUAAUAGAGGUGAAUGCUACUAUGUUGGAAAUACUUCAUCAGUGUACUCUUUGACAAGUACUAUUGUGCCUUAACUUGUAAUUUUUUUUAUUAUUUGCAUAAUUUGUUAGAUGUUUUUCAUCAUUUUUGAUAAAAAAAGAAAAACCUGCUGUUGUUGAUAAAAACUGACUGUUAAUAGGCUUUAUGUAGGAUGAAUAAUCUAACUUUGUUUUUGGUGAUGUUGCAAUUUAAGCAGGUGCGGUGACUACUAAGGUUCGAAGGCACGAAAUGCGGGUCCAUCCCUACCAAAGGGUGGUGACCGCUGACAGAGGUUAGUUUAGCUCCAGUGUUCAUGUUUAUCACAAGUGCAACCCACUGUUGUUGGUUAAGGUCUGUCUCGCAAAACCGUGUGUUUGAACUUUAACCCAAAAACUAGACCACGUUAUCUGUGUAACACAAACAUUUUGGAGGCCCACCCCUGUCCUCACUAGGACUGAUGGUUCCUUACUCUCCCUGGAUCCAAGGGACCACACUGGGAUUAGUUUCUCCACAGACAGGGGAAAAUACAGUGGCGGAGCUCCCCAAACAGUGACCACAACGUAGAAGAUUAAGAUUCAUUUACAUACACACCACCCUUCUUUUUUGCAAUGGAAUGGACUAUUCCUCUCAGCUCCAUUAUUUUGAUGACCAUGUGACUGACAUGCUGUUAAUGACAGAUAAUGGACUUAGAAUUAUUUUGAAGCCCCUCCCUUCCUAUUUUCGUUAAAGAAAACAGUCAUCUUCUGAAGGCACUUAAGUGUUCAGUUACCUGUUAUGUGGCUUUCAAAUAGGCAAAUUUGUAAAUUUCUAUUUAUUUGUUUAGGGAGAAAGUCAUUGAUGUUACAAUCUACAAAUAGGACACAUCUGAAGUACACAUCAUAACGUAUUUAAAAUUACGGAGUACCAUUGACAUUUUGCCAUUUAUGAGACGACAUCUGGUAUUCGGAAGUAAACUGGGCUGUUUUCUUAAAUAGCAUCUAAGUCUGGCCAUCUAUAGUCAUCAGCAAGUCUUUCUGACGUUUUGUUGCCUGAAGCAGUUGGUAUUCAGUGCCUUCACCAUAGCUGUUCAAAGUAACCUCUUGCACUCCACCCUAAAUGAUACUUGAUGCAGUAUUUUUUGCAGAUAAGAGGCAUACAAGGACAUACACAAUCCAUACAUGCAAAACUAAAUCUGUGAGCAACACGACUGUUCACUAUAGCAUUAAUGUUCGAGAAACCAGUCCACGCAAUCGUUUUAUUUUUACUCUGUAAACCGACACCAGUCCACUUUAAGAUCAGUACAUGAAAUAUACACCCACAUAAUUACCCCUUUAACCUCUUUGAUAGAGACCACCCAAGCACGAGUUACACACUUACCGCCUGAAAAACAGAUGAAUGUGCAUAUAUUAUGCUUUUACUGUUUCACAUAGGCACAGACACGUGUAAUUGUCACUCUCGUGUUAAACUGAGAAACAUACAGCUCACAACAUCCUUAUCGUGACCAGCAGAGAUCCAUAGGCCUCGAAGUAUAGUUUGCAUCAUUGCAGUUUCCAUGAGUAGAAAAUAUUGCUUAGUCAAUUUUUCCCUACAGAUAGGACUCAGUAUAAUCUGUGUUUCUUUAAAAUUCCUCCCCAAAGAGGCAGAGAAAACUGAAGAUUUGCUCCUUUGUUCCACUAUGCCUCACAUAUUCCCACACACACACAUGCUCACACACAUUCAGAGGAAUAAGAUCCAAAACGUUCUUGGGCAGAUUCCCAAUUUUGCAACUGCCAAAAUGCAACAGCCUUCAGACAAACAUAUUUUCCCUCUUUCAUUUAUAUUAACUGUAUACAUUAACAAUGAAACAUCCACAAAAUACACACAAUGAAAUGCAAUGCCACAAAAUGAGCUGGACAUGGCAUUGCAGUUUUUUCUGCAGUCAUUUGUGCAAUAAAUGCCAUCAUGAACUCAGUGACAGCAAUAAAAUCUUCAACGUUCUUGUUUUGGAGAAUUUCUGUGCCUUUUUUAACCCUUAGACCCAGCUGUUAUGCACAUCCUUAACAUACAACGCUGCCAGCUUUUGUUUCUGUAAAGUAAAGCAAUUUUUUGGUCAACAGAAAUCACAUUAUUCUUUUGUCAGUUCCAGAUUUUCUAUACAAAAUGUAGAUCUCAAAUCAAGAAAUGCACCAUUAGCUGAUUUAUAGAUAUACAUUAAAUGAAGUGUUUGGAGUGAUUUAUCUGUGGUAGUAUUAACAUAAUUAAUAACACAAGCUGAUUGAAGCUGUCAGUAAUGGGCUGAAACUUAUAAAAGGAGCCCAUGUAAUUUAGGUUAAAUCAUUUACUCUGAAAUAUCCUGCGCUUAUGCUUUUUGUUUUCUGUUUGUGUACUUGGACAUUUUUUUUAGUUGCACAUAAUCCUGACCAGUUGGUACUCUUUCUUUUAAAAAGAAACACAAUUAAAUUUAGUUGUUUAUCAGUUUUUAUUUAUUCUUUUUUGCACUUUACAGUUUCAUUGAACAAUCCUUGAAGUUCUCGAUACGUCUUCUUGGGGGGGGGGGGGUUUGUCAAAAAUACUUUGAUUCGGAUGAAUAUCGGUUUCUUAGCUAAAUCUGGCACUUUCAACUUUUUCUGAUUAUUAGCCUGAGUUAUUCCUGUCAAAUAUAUUAAGUAACGAUGCUUCUUUUAUAUUAUUUAAAAUAAGCCCUCAGAUUAUGCAUACCAACAACAAAAAAAUUUUUUUACUUGCACGCAUACAGACUGGGCCUAAUGGUAUGAAGGAACUGGCGUUUACAAUUUACAGUAAGCAUUGUAACAGUAACUCUGAGGAAUAUUGCCUUCUUGUUUCUUACUCAUGUACAUGUCCUACAGUUGCAACAAAGCCAAUCAGAGCAAAAUGCAUAAAACUUUUUAUUAAUGAAGGUUUCAAAAUUAGUACCUACAGAAUUUUACGCCAAGUAAAAUUUGCUUUGUGUUACUAAGAGGUAAGAUUUUAAUACAUAUUGAAUGAAAACUAAGGUUUGGUCUGGUAACAGACAGAUAAAACUCACAAAAAUUAAUGGAAAUGCAACAUGAAAUUGCACAACUGUUGAACCUGUGUGUGACAUGCUGUCUCUGGGGAGGGGGCAGAUGUAUGAUGGCAUCUGAGAGGUGGGCCACUUUACCAGCUCAGUCACUGGACUAUAAAAAUGAGUUUAUCCCACAAUCUGACAGAGUUACAAAAUAGAAACAUCUGUGUUUAUGUAUAUAUUUUUCAGUGUCUCUGCUCAGAGGAGUAGUUUUUAUACUGCACACAGUUAUUGCCGGUAGAAGCUGCUGCCCUAUAGUGUGUAUUAUUUGGAAACAAAAAUACACUGUGUAGUGCAGGUUGUCAAAAAAUUGACAGUGAAACAGUAUUGUCUGUGAGGUUGAGAUGAGGGUCGAAGGGUGGACAUUAAAAUCCACCCCUCUGCAUUUUUACAGACUUUUGAUCUGGUAAAGAAGGCCUGCAUCUAAGUUUGUGCCUGUUUGGGUUUCUCUUCAUUUGAAUUGAAAGAAAUGGCACAAAUCGGAUUUUUUUUUGCACUGAAUAAAUAAAAAAAAACAUCUCCAUCUCCUCUUGCCUCAGUCAAACAAGAGAUAUGUAAAAUCAAAACUAUGACAAACCUCAUAAAUUAGAAACAUAAAUGUGUAUUAGAAGCUGCAAGUAUAUUUAAGAGUCUUAAGAUGACCACUGUGGAGUGGAGUGGAUUAGGGUCCAUUUUGUGGAAGAGAAGUGACCAGGGGAUGAAUGCAUUACAGUACAUAUUCCACUUGAGAACUUGUUUUUUUUAUGGUUUACUGUAAGCUUCUUUUUGUUUUUGUCGUUGCAAAGAAAAUAGUAUUUACCAGUGGCUUCUUUUAAAAAAAAUAUAUAAAUAUAUAUAUAAAAAUAUAAAGCAGGAAUGUAUAUGAAAUGUCAGAUUUUAUUGUAUUUACAAAGAAUAGCAAUGAUAUUCUAGAGGGCUAUUUGUAGGAAAGGAAAUAUGCGUUAUAGCAACAUUAUAGCACCAUUUAGAAACUUCCUGUAUUUUUGAAUAUACUUUAGGGCUUUAUAUAAAUGACAGGACUUUUCAGUGUUUAUAUGCAAGUGCAUUUUAUAUUAUGUGUCCUGUAAAUUGUCAAUAGUUCCCAAAGCUGAGGGUUUUGGCUAAAGUAAUAGCUUUGGCGUUCCCAUGGCUUCACCUUCAAUGCCUAUACUGCUAUAGACAAACCAUGUAGUGUUGCUUUGUAUCAUGAGAGCAAGAAUUGUUGUAAAUAGAUCAAAAGUUCCUGGAAAGGCAAUAAAAUUUUAUUGAGUAAAAAACAA